UAACCGAGCGAGGCAACCCAAAAAAUUCAAAACCCUACCCACUUCACUGUUCUCUACUUCUCUCUCUACAGAUUCUGUACCCACAGGGCAAGCAAAACUUCUCGUUUUUCAAAAUUUCCGAAAAGUUCAAAUCUUUUUUUCGCUCUCUUUCGUUUGUCGGAAUCGGAAGCCGGACUUCUGCAACAGGAGAACGGCUAGGUCAAGCAGAAGAAGGAGAAAAGCCUCGACAAAGGCAAUCCACAAGGUGGGUUUUCCAUAAAUACGUUUUUUUCUCUCUCGCAUUCCUCUAAUUUGUUGUUAAAGGACAAAGCUUAGAUACCCAGUUCUUCCCUUGUGUUCUUCCGCUGUAAUUUUGGUUUGAUAAUGGAGACUGGUCAUUGAAUUGUAAUUUCGUCGUCCAAUUUGGGUUUCAUCAAUUGUGGGUUUGCUGGAUUCUUGGUACAUUUAUGUCGACGUUUGAAGCUUGUAGUUGAUUUGAAACGCUUUAUGACAGGUUUGUUGAUUAUGUUUCCUUUUGGGAUCCAGGUCCGGCAAUGGUUGGUGGUGCAAGCCUGGCCCCAAUUUUCAAGAGAGAGUUGGCAAAUCUCGACAAAGAUGCUGAUAGUCGGAAAUCAGCAAUGAAGGCGUUGAAAUCUUAUGUCAAAGACAUGGACGCAAGGGCAAUCCCGCUGUUUCUCGCCCAGGUUUCGGAGACCAAAGAAACCGGUUCUUUAUCUGGAGAAUACACCAUCUCCCUCUAUGAAGUCCUCGCCCGAGUUCACGGACCCAGAAUCGUCCCUCUCAUAGACACCAUAAUGACCACAGUCAUCAACACACUGUCAGCGAGUGGGGUGUCUUUCCCUCUCCAACAAGCCUGCUCCAAAGUGGUCCCUGCCAUUGCUCGAUAUGGUAUCGAACCUGGUACUCGUGAAGAAGAGAAGAGGCGUAUAAUACAUUCCCUCUGCAAGCCACUUGUUGAAGCUUUAUUGGCUACUCAGGAGUGCCUUAGUUCAGGAGCUGCCCUUUGCUUGAAGGCACUUGUUGACUGUGACAACUGGAGAUUCGCCUCUGAUGAGAUGGUGAACAAAGUUUGCCAGAAUGUGGCUGUUGCUCUUGAAGAGAAGUCAACACAGUCUAAUUCCCAUAUGGCUUUAGUAAUGUCUUUGUCGAAGCGUAAUGCUUUGAUUGUUGAAGCAUAUGCUAGAUUGUUGAUUCAGUCAGGAUUGAGAAUCCUGAAUUCAGGUUACCAAGACUGUGGUAGCAAUUCACAGAAGAGGCUUUCAGCAAUUCAGAUGGUGAAUUUCAUGAUGAAGUGUUUGGAUGCCAGAAGCAUAGUCUCCACCCUUGGUUUGAUUAUAGAGGAGAUGGAAAAGUGUCAAUUUGAUCAGAUGGCUUAUGUGAAAGGCGCUGCCUUUGAAGCUAUGCAGACUGCUAAGAAGAUUGCAGAUGAGGGGUUGAAGUUCGACAAGAGUUCUGGUUCUGGUUCUGUCACAGGGUCUAACAACUUGAGCAGGAAAGAUCAUAGAAGAAGGGGGAAUUUGUCUAGUACGCCAGAAUCUCAGACACUUGGCUCGUUCAUGGACUACGAAUCCAUGAUUGGUUCACCACUGUCAAGAACUCCGACAACUCGUGUCCUGGAGUAUGACUGUGGUGGGAGUGAGUUUGACAGCAGGAGUGUGACUCGUAAACUGUGGAGUCAUGAGAAUGGAGGAGUUGAUGUGUCUCUGAAAGAUGGUUUAUUUUCAGAACUUGCUCGAGGAAAUAGUGCCAUCAAGAAUGCAUCUUCUGGUCAUGCUAGGCGCCAUAGCUCGACUGAGAAUGGGGAUCAUCACGAAGGGGAAUUCUCAGGCUUCUUGCCAAGGACUCCACAAAAUGUAGUGGCGAGGAGCUGCACUCCAAGUCCCCAGAGGUCACCACGUUCUCACCUGAACGUUGACAACAUCAACAUGUUCACGAGUCCAAGGAACCUCAUACGCUCUCUCCAAGAUGCCGAUUCAAAUUCCUACUCGAGACAAGGUAGGAGGUUCAGAGGGCCGUGUUCAUGCCAACACGAAAACAGCCCAACUUCAAAGCUCAGUCAAAAUGAAUUUCUCGGCCAUAACAACGGUUAUGCAUCUGAUAAGAAAGGUGAGUCGUAUGCUGGUGGUGAGGGGUUGUAUCAGGAUGCCGAUCCUACUUCAAAGCUCAACCAAAAUGGGUUUCUGCACCAUAACAAUGGUUAUGCAUCUGAUGAGAAUGGAGAGUCGUAUGGUGGUGGUGGUGAGGACAUGUAUGAGGAUGUGGAUGAAUCUGUUUCUUCAACAGAGGAUGCUGCCACUGUAGAUGCAGAUCAAGUUGCAGAACUGGUGGUUGCAGAGAAGAAAACCGACCCGGAAAGUGAUUGCUUUGAGAAAGGAUACCAGAAUAAGAAGAGUUGUGGGUGGCUUGUUGCGUUUGGUGUAGCUGUGUUUUCAGGCUUGGCAUCGUUGGCGAUGUUGUUUGAUGGUUCUGAACAAGGUCAUUUCCUUCCUCCAACUUAGGUGUUAGUUUGUGCGUCAGAAUCCAAUAGUACGUUUUUGCUUUUGAUUGUUGUUGUAGUCUCAGUUGUGUAACGCUAUGUUCUGUUUAAACCACCAUUCUGUUUCCAUUUUCUGCUUGUUUUAGAAUUACAGAUUCCCAAAUCAGAUUCGACUUUGUUACUGAUCUCAGGUGAACAGUUUCUAACAAAAAGAAAGGUAUGCUCUUCUUUGCAGACAGUCUUACUAAUUCAGGUGUCAUCAGAAACUUAAAUGUCAAUCUAGCAGAGGAUAUUUGUACUACACCGACCAUUGUUUCAUCAAUUGGCUGACCAAUAAUUAAUAUUCAAACACAGUUCUAAUGAAAUUUCGUCCAUAUU